CAUUUGUCAUCUUCAAGUGGCUGCGUCAGAAUAACGGCUCUACGUCAGUGGACACUUACUGUCACCUGUUACUUCCUCUUGUCUCACCUCUCAGUUACAACAUGGCAGAGCAGUAAUGUGUAGUUUAGCUUUUCUUUGAUAGCAACAGUAUCCCUUCAUAUACUGUAAACCUGACUUGGGGUUUUGUGAUAAACAAAGCUGCGUUGCUGAAAGAAAACCUAUUUUGAUCGAUGCUAUUCAUGAAUUUGUACUCAGCUCCAUCAAAGUUGACCUUUGCCCAUAAUUACUAUUUGAAUGUGUCAUUUCAAGUGUUAAAAAUGUGAUAGACCGGCUUGCGCACACAGCAGAAGAAGGUGUGGCCCUGGCUGUUGAUCGCACGGACGUCAGGAGUGAACAUGGGAUACAGAGGGAAAGGGGCAAGGAGCAGGAACACACUGACUUGGAAUUUUGUGUGAGUUUGAAGGAGUGACAGCUUCAGGGAUUACACACAAGUUACACUAUGAAUAACAAUCAGGAAAAUGGCCUCACCUAUGACAACAGAGGUUUCCAACAUGACGACGGAAGGCCUCCCCCAUACAACCCACAGGCGCAAAUAUACCCUUCUCUCCCAGCACACUCCCAGAACUGUGGAGCUGCGACCUCUGAGCCUAUCAACACCCACCAAACUGCCACACCUGUACUAGCAGUCAGCACGGUACAGAGUAAAGGGAAAAAGAAAUGUUCCACAAACCGCAUUAUAUGUGUGACUCUGUGCGUGCUCCUUCUCCUGGCUGUGGUCGGGGUCUUGCUGUGGUACUUCUUGUACUACCAGUGUUUACUGGGGAAGUCUUGUAGAACUGGAGGGAAGUGUUUGAGUUCGUCCCAGUGGUGCGAUGGCGUCAGGGAUUGUUCGAAUGGAGAGGAUGAAGCCCAGUGUUUCCGUCUUCAGGGCGUCAACUCUAUCCUGGAGAGUUACUCAACGAGAAAAAACACAUGGCUGCCAGUGUGUGCUGAUGACUGGGACAACGACUACGGGAGGACAGUCUGUGGGCAGAUGGGCUACAUGAGACAGGAUUAUGUGGAAUACACUCAAAUCAGUACUUCAUCAUCCAAAGGAUACAUGAAGCUAAAGCCAGGGAGUAUUCAUGACUCACGUAUACAGUCACAGCUCACCUACAGUCCUACUUGUUCUGCAAGUGCCAUCAAACUGAUUUGCAUACAAUGUGGUCGGAGCACAGCAGCCCCUAGUUCUCGUAUCGUCGGUGGUACGGAGGCGGUUAAUGGAGCCUGGCCGUGGCAGGUCAGCCUUCAGAUCCAGGGUCAACACUUGUGUGGAGGUUCUAUUAUCAGCCCUUACUGGAUCCUCUCAGCUGCGCACUGCUUUCAAAGAUUCUACAACCCACAGCGGUGGAGAGUUUACUCUGGUGAUGUGAGCCUCUCCCGCAUGAGUUUCGGCUCUGGAAAAAGUGUUGAAAAAAUCAUCAAUCAUGAAAAAUACAACACGGAUACCAAUGACAAUGACAUUGCCCUGCUGAAGCUGAGUACACCUUUGACCUUCAGUGUAACGGUGAAGCCAGUUUGCCUCCCAAACUCUGGAGUAGACCUCUCGCCUGGACGUCAAGCCUGGAUCACAGGAUGGGGAGCCCUGAGGUCAUCUGGACCUUCUCCUGACAUACUAAAUCAGGCCCAGGUGACCAUUUACAGCAGAGACCAAUGCAACAGUGAUUGGAUAUUGAGCGGCCAAGUCACUGAGACCAUGAUCUGUGCAGGCAAACUGGAGGGUGGAGUGGAUUCAUGUCAGGGUGACAGUGGGGGACCUCUGGUGGCCAAGGAGGGAAACCUAUGGUGGUUGGCAGGGGACACAAGCUGGGGGAUUGGAUGUGCCUGGAAGAACAAACCAGGCGUCUAUGGCAACGUCACCCACUUAAUGGAUUGGGUCUAUUGGCAAAUGCAGAAUGAAUGAUGGAAACCUCCACCCAACAAGAAGACUUACCUCCUGUUAUGGUACAAACACAUUUAGCACUUUGAAUCUGUGGCUAUGAUACUUGAUGAACACAAAUAUAUAAAAAAGACAGAACAAACAGUAAAAGCAAAACAAAUCUAAUACCAGUUUUAACUUGAGUGUCAAAUGUUUGCAUUUAAACAAAGUGGAUCUAUUUUCUAAAAUAAAACAUGUACUAUACAAA